CGAAGAAAUUUUCAUCCGGAGAAAAGACCACUUGUGGGCUGCUCGUCGAAAACAUUGAACAUGGGCAAAUUAUCAACAGCUGGAUUUUUCGUCCUGGCAACGAUAUUGGCUGUGGCCUUUGCCAUGGAUCUGCCAAACAAUUGGAGAACAUGUGACAGAUCGCUACCGGAUGAUGCAUACUACAAUUGUAUCGCCGAAGCUGCUCAGGAUGCCGUGGUUUCAUUGGCUAGAGGUCUAAAGAGCUUCAAGAUUUUACCGAUUGAACCACUAGCUGUGGACAAUUUGAAAAUUGGUGAAUCGCAAGGAUCGGUCGCUUUGAGACAGGAAUAUAAAAAUAUUAAGAUACACGGUCUUACAAAGGAUCUGAAAGUCAAGAGUUACCACAUCGACUGGGAUAAGUGCUUGAUAUCAUCGGAUACAUUCUCUCCUCAAGUGGACUUCGUCGCCGAUUACAAACUCGAUGGAAAAGUGUUACUUCUGCCUAUUAGAGGAUCUGGACGAUCAAAUAUCACCUUAUACAACUUGAAUUCGCACAACGAAAUAAGGUGCGAGAAAAUCCAGAAGAAUGGGGAAACUUACUUGAGAACAAAGAAAUAUGUGGUAAAAUUCGACCCUGGUCGAGUAAACUUGGUCUUCGACAAUCUUUUCGAGGGUGACAAGAUCCUAGGAGAGCAAAUGAACCGUUUCAUCAAUGAAAAUUCUGAUCUAAUCUUCAAGGAACUCCAAGGCCCUUAUGAGGAAACUUUCGGUCUAAUUUUCGCCAAAGUCAGCAAUGACGUUUUCAGUCGCGUGCCAAUGAACAAAAUGUUCCCUACAACGUAAAUCUCGAAUAAAUUUUUAUAACUUUAUCCGCAUGCAAGAAUAACGAAGCGUUUUUUCACGAGGAAAUGCGAAAAAGGAGAUUUUGUGGAUGUGCCAAAAAUUUGUACAUACAGUACGUGUAAAAAAUUUUGACUACAGCAAUAGAUAUUGAUCUUGUUAUUGUAAUAUAAUGUACAUUCUUUCUUUUGUUUAAUGGA